UUUGUCUUUAUUACUACAGACCGACUCAGAUUAAGUCUGAGGCCGUUAACGUCAACAGUGAGGACAAACCCAGCCUGUCUCUCUCCUUCCACACUGAGUAGAAACCUACAGUCACUGGGUCCUGAUUGUGACAGUGGAGCCCAGUUUGUACUGCAGGAUCCAGAGAUGGCAUCAGUGAAGAUGGAAGACUGCAGUCAAACACUGGAGCUGAAUGUCAACAUUAAAGAUGAAGAAGAAGAGGAGGAGAAGAUUAGGACAACUGUUAGUCAUGGACGACUUGAAUUAAGUCUGAGGCCGGUAACAUCAACAGUGAGGACAAACCCAGCCUGCCUCUCUCCUUCCACACUGAGUCCAAACCGACAGUCACUGGGUCCUGAUUGUGAUAGUGGAGCCCAGUUUGCACUGCAGGAUCCAGAGAUGGCAUCAGUGAAGGUGGAAGACAGCAGUCAAACACUGGAGCUGAAUGUCAACAUUAAAGAUGAAGAAGAGGAGGAGAAGAUUGGGACAACUCUUAGUCAUGGAGACCGUGUUGAGACAUUCCCUACAUCCAGAGUGACACAGCAGGAAGAUCACAGACCUAAGAGGUCUCACCACUGCCCACAUUGUGAGGAGAAUUUUCCAAUUCUAUCAAAGCUAAAAGUACACUUAAAAAUACACACAGGAGACAAUCUGUAUUCCUGUACUGACUGUAGGAAGAGAUUCACAACAUCAAGGGCUCUGACACUUCAUCAGAGAGUGCACACAGGAGAGAAGCCUUACUCCUGCUCGUACUGUGGAAAAUGCUUCACAACAUCGUCUGAGUUAACAGUUCAUCAGAGAACACACACUGGAGAAAAGCCUUAUAUCUGCUCUGACUGUGGGAAGAGUUUUUCUCACCUGUGUAACUUUAAAGCACACCAACGUAUACAUGCAGGAGAGAAGCCGUUCUCCUGCUCUGACUGUGGGAAGAGUUUCUCUCAACAGAACCAUUUAAAAUCACACCAACGUAUACACACAGGAGAGAAGCCUUACUUCUGCUCUGACUGUAGGAAGAGUUUCUCCCACCUGUGUAACUUUAAAGCACACCAACGUAUACAUGCAGGAGAGAAGCCGUUCUCCUGCUCUGAGUGUGGGAAGAGUUUCUCUCAACAGAACCAUUUAAAAUCACACCAACGUAUACACACAGGAGAGAAGCCUUACUACUGCUCUGACUGUGGGAAGAGUUUCUCUCGAUUGGAUACUUUAAAAUCACAUGAACGUAUACAUACAGGAAAGAAGCGUUACUACUGCUCCGACUGUAGGAAGAGUUUCUCCCACCAGGGUAGCUUAAAAAAACACCAAUGUAUACACACAGGAGAGAAGCCUUACUCCUGCUGUGACUGUGGAAAAUGCUUCACAACAUCAUUUGAUCUAAAAGUUCAUCUGAGAACACACACUGGAGAAAAGCCUUACAUCUGCUCUGACUGUGGGAAGAGGUUCUCUCAACAGAACCAUUUAAACACACAUCAACGUAUUCACACAGGAGAGAAGCCAUACUACUGCUCUGUCUGUGGGAAGAGUUUCUCUCAACAGAGCAACUUAAAAACACACCAACGUAUACAUAAAGGAGAGAAGACUCAUCAGUUCUCUCAGACCAGCUAAGAUUAAAAUUAGGUGAUGGAGUGAUUUUAAUUUCAUUGCUUUACUUGGACUGAAAUAGGUGAUUUUAAUCUCAUUGCUUGACUUGGACUGAAAUAGGUGAUUUUAAUCUCAUUGUUUGACUUGGACUGAAAUAGGUGCCGGAACUCAUUUUAGAGGAAACCCUUUUGGACAAUCAGAACCUUACAAAUGGAAAGGCCGCACACCCUUCCUAAGAAGGUCUGGUUCCGACAGAUAACCAGCGAACGAAGGCAUUCACACGUAAAUACAUUCAUGAUUUCUUCUCGUCUGCAAAGUAUAUGAUUACUGUGAGAAUAGUUUCUAAAAUGUUUCUAAAAUGUAUCAAUGAUAAGUGUUGUUUUUCUCUCUCUCCUUUUGAAAAAAAACAGACACUAUAUUGU